AUGUAGUCUGCGGCACUGUGACGUCACGGCGAGCCAUCCUAAAUUCCCUCCUGGCUUUCAGUCCACGUGUGUGCAACUUCCUCAAAGUUGGGCGAGAGUCCUGUCUGCUCUACAUUCCUGUUGCGUCUCAGACAUGGAGUGAGCGCCAUGACAAAUCCAUGCAAUCAGCACAUUGCUCACGUUGCUCCUUUCAUGUCCAAUCUGAGACUCCAUUAUAUCUUCACUUCCAUUCUGUAGUUCAUGACUGAUGUGGCUACUGUGGUUACAUUCCUGGGUCUUUUUCUACAGCUGCAGCUGGGAUGCCUUCCCCUGACCUUACACCAGAGGUUCCAGAAAUGCUGUCCUUCUCGGAUGUGGCCAUUGAGUUCUCUGCAGAAGAGAGGGAAUGCCUGGAGCCUGCUCAGUGGAAUUUGUACAGGGAUGUGAUGUUGGAGAAUUACAGCCACCUUGUGUUCCUUGGUCUUGCUGUGUCUAAGCCACACCUGGUGACACUUUUGGAGCAAAGACAAGACUCUUCAGAUGUGAAUAGACAAGCAGCAGCCAACGUGCAGCCAGGAACAACAUUCAAUGAUUAUAAUGAUUACAGCAAGGGUAUUGACUGUAACUCAUUAAGUAUUCAAAGCCAGAGAAUUCAUACAAGGGAGAAACCCUACCAGUGUAAAGAAUGUGGUAAGGGCCUUAGUUCUUAUAAAACACUUUCCAUACACCAAAGACUUCAUACUGGAGACAAACCCUAUAUGUGUAAAGAAUGUCAUAAGACCUUCAAUACUCGCUCUUCACUUUUUAUACACCAGAAAAAUCAUACUGAUGAAAAAACCCACAAGUGUGAAGAAUGUGGCAAAUUAUUUUAUUAUCCUUCAAUGCUGAAGCAACAUCAAAGAAUUCAUUCUGGAGAGAAACCCUACAAGUGUGAAGAAUGUGGCAAAGCUUUUUAUGAAUCUUCAAUGCUGAAGCAACAUCAAAGAAUUCAUUCUGGAGAGAAACCCAACAAAUGUGAAAAAUGUGAGAAAGCUUUUUAUGAUCCCUCAAUGCUGAAGCAACAUCAAAGAAUUCAUUCUGGAGAGAAACCCUACAAUUGUAAAGAAUGUGACAAAUCCUUUAACACUCCUUCAGUGCUGAAGCAACAUCAAAAAAUUCAUUCUGGAAAGAAACCCUACAAGUGUGAAGAAUGUGGCAAAUACUUUAAUAAACCUUCAGUGCUAAAGCAACAUCAAAGAAUUCAUUCUGGAGAGAAACCAUGCAAGUGUGAAGAAUGUGGCAAAUCCUUUUAUAAACCUUCAGUGCUGAAGAGACAUCAAAGAAUUCAUUCUGGAGUGAAACCAUGCAAGUGUGAAGAAUGUGGCAAAUCCUUUUACUACCCUUCACUGCUGAAGCAACAUCAAAGAAUUCAUUCUAGAAAGAAACCAUGCCUGUGUGAAGAGUGUGGCAGUUUAUUUUCUUCAUUCUCAUCCCUUACUCAACAUCAAACAGUUCACCACAAAGACAAUCUCUACAAGUGUGCAGAGUGUGGCAUAAGGUUUUCCCAUUCUGCAAUCUUUCAGAAACAUAGUAAAAUUCAUGAAGAGAGACCAUACAAGUGUGAAGAAUGUCACAAAACCUUUCUUUAUCACUCAUCACUUAAGAACCACAAGGUAGUUCAUACUAGACAGAAAUUCUACAAGUGUGAAGAGUGUGGCAAAUAUUUUUCCUCAGCUUCAUGCCUUAGACGACAUCAAAUAAUUCACAGUGAAGACAACCCUUACAAGUGUGAAGAGUGUGGCAGAUGUUUUUCCUCAGAUGCAUGUUUUAGAGCACAUCAAACUAUCCAUUCUGAAGACAAUCCUUAUACCUGUGUACAAUGUGGCAAACGAUAUUCCUGUUCUAGGGAUCUUCAGGAACAUCAAACACUUCAUACUGGAGAGAAAUUGUACAAGUGUGAAGAAUGUGGCAAAGGCUUUCAUUAUCUCUCAUGCUUUAGGAAUCACCAGGCAAUUCAUACUGGAGAAAAACUUUACAAGUGUGAAGAAUGUCACAAAACCUUUCGUUAUCUCUCAUCCCUUAGGAAUCACAUGGGAGUUCAUACUGGAGAGAAACCAUUCAAGUGUGGAGAAUGUAACAAAACCUUUUGUUAUCUCUCAUACCUUAGGAAACACAAGAGAGUUCAUAGUGAAGAGAAACCAUACAAGUGUGAAGAAUGUCACAAAGCUUUUCAUUAUCUCUCAUCCCUUAGGAAACACAAAAGAGUUCAUAGUGAAGAGAAACCAUACAAGUGUGAAGAAUGUCACAAAGCCUUUCAUUAUAUCUCAUCCCUUAUGAGACACAAGACAGUUCAUACUGGAGAGAAUCCCUAAAACUGAAUGUGUGAGAAGGUUCUCUUUACCUUCAUCCUUUAGACAAUAUAAAAAAAAAAAAAAGGAAAUUCAUUCUGAAGACAAUCCCUAAAAUUGUAGAGAAUGUGACAAAAACUUUGUUAGUCUGUAUGUGCUUACUCAACAGAUGCUAUAGUUCAUAUGGAGAAAUAUCCUAAAAAUGUCAUUAAAUGUUUACUUUUUCAACCCUUAAAA